GUGGCCGUGUCCUUCUCCGGGCUCUUCACCUUCAUCUUCCUCAUGCUGGCCUGCCUGUGCUGCAAGAAGGGGGACAUCGGCUUCAAGGAGUUUGAAAACGCCGAGGGGGAGGACUACGCCGGCGACUUCUCGGCGCAGGGCUCGCCCGCCCCGCAGCAUGGCCCCGAGGUCUACGUGCUGCCCCUCACCGAGGUCUCGCUGCCCAUGGCCAAGCAGCCGGGACGCUCAGUGCAGCUCCUCAAGUCCGCGGACCUGGGUCGGCAGAGCCUGCUCUACCUGAAGGAGAUCGGGCACGGCUGGUUCGGGAAGGUUUUCCUGGGCGAGGUGAACUCGGGCCUCAGCAGCACCCAGGUGGUGGUGAAGGAGCUGAAGGCGAGCGCCAGCGUGCAGGACCAGAUGCAGUUCCUGGAGGAAGCGCAGCCCUACAGGGCUCUCCAGCACACCAACCUGCUGCAGUGCCUGGCCCAGUGCGCCGAGGUCACCCCGUACCUGCUGGUCAUGGAGUUCUGCCCGCUGGGCGACCUGAAGGGAUACCUGCGGAGCUGCCGGGGGGCCGAGUCCAUGGCGCCGGACCCCCUGACCCUGCAGCGGAUGGCGUGCGAGGUGGCCUGCGGCGUGCUGCACCUGCACAGGAACAACUACAUUCACAGCGACCUGGCUCUGCGGAACUGCCUGCUCACCGCCGACCUGACCGUCAAGAUCGGGGACUACGGGCUCUCGCACUGCAAGUACAAAGACGACUACUUCGUGACAGCCGACCAGCUGUGGGUGCCGCUGCGCUGGAUUGCCCCCGAGCUCAUCGACGAGGUCCACGGCAACCUGCUCAUCGUCGACCAGACCAAAUCCAGCAACGUCUGGUCGCUGGGCGUCACCAUCUGGGAGCUAUUUGAGCUGGGCAGCCAGCCCUACGACCAUUACUCCGACCGGCAAGUGCUCGCCUACGCCAUCAAAGAGCAGCAGCUCAAGCUGCCCAAGCCCCAGCUGAAGCUGUCGCUGUCGGACCGCUGGUACGAGGUGAUGCAGUUCUGCUGGCUGCAGCCCGAGCAGCGCCCGACGGCAGAGGAGGUCCACCUGCUGCUCUCCUACCUCUGCGCCAAGGGCGCCACGGAGGCCGAGGAGGAGUUCGAGAAGCGCUGGAACUCCAUGAAGCCCAACGGCGGCGGCGCUGGCGCCAACCACGCCGGCGCCGAGCUCUCCUCCUUCCCGCUGCUGGAGCAGUUCGUGGCCGACGGCUUCCCGGCCGACGGCGACGACGUCCUCACCGUCAUGGAGACCAGCCACGGCCUCAACUUCGAGUACAAGUGGGAGCACACCAAGACCGAGCACUUCCAGGCGCCGCUGGGCGCCCUGAGCCCCGGCAGCGCCGCCCGCUACCGCGAGCUCUACUACCCGGCCGCCUCGGCGGGACGCCUGAGCCUGGGCCUCUCGCCGCCCUGCUACGCCUGCGAGCGGCAGGGCUGCCCGGGGCCGCCGGCGCCCGGCGUGGUGCCCGUCCUGGGCGCCCGCAGCCCCUCGCUCAGCAGCGAGUACUACAUCCGCAUCGAGGGGCCGGCGGAGCUCGGCGACGGCUCCUGCAGCCCCGCCGGCCGCGGCGCCAUGGAGCCCGCGGCGGCGCGGCACCGGGACUGGCCUGUCCCCGGCGGGCGACGGGACGUCUUCGCCGACCCGCUGGGCGUCUCGCCGUCGGGCAGCCGGGCCGGCCGCGCUCCGGAGAGCCCCCCGGGCCGGGCCCUGGCCGCCGGCCCCUUGCCGGCGCCGCGGCAGCCCUGGGCCUCCAACAGCUCCUCUAACAACAACAGCGGCGGCGGCGGCAGCCCGCCGGCCCGGCAGCCCGCCGCCGGCGACAGCUGGUGCUACCGGCACAUGAUCACCUUCCGGGGGCUCAUGGCCAAGCCGCUGGGCUCGGACGGCCGGCGUGCCGGCGCCGAGGCGGGGGGCGAGGGCGAGGACGCGGCGCAGCUCGCCUCCGGGGUCUUGGCCGCCUUGGCCGGCGGCUACGCGGGGCGGGCGGAGGCGGCCCCGGCCUCGAAGUCGCUGCAGAAGCAGGUGGGCACGCCGGACUCGCUGGAGUCCCUGGACAUCCCGUCCACCGCCAGCUCCUGCGAGGGCUUCAGCCCCACGGCCUUCGCGCCCCCCGGGCAGCCGCGGGCGCUCGACAGCGGCUACGACACCGAGAACAACGAGUCGCCCGAGUUCGUCCCCAAGGAGCCCCCCGAGGGCCCCGCGGCGCCGGCGAAGGCGGGCGAGGGGCCCGGCGCGGCCGCCAAGAACCCCUGCCGCGACUCGGCCUACUUCUCCGACUGCGACGCCGAGGCGGAGCGGGGCGCCGGGGACGGCGGCGAGGACAGCGACGGGGCGGAGGAGGGCGCCGGCCCCGAGGAGGAGGAGGAGGAGGAGGACACGGAGGACAGCGACGAGUCGGACGAGGAGCUGCGCUGCUACAACGUCCAGGAGCAGAGCGAGGAGAGCGAGGAGGAGCCGGCGGCCGUGCCCGUGGUGGUGGCCGAGAGCCACAGCGCCCGCAACCUGCGGAGCCUCCUCAAGAUGCCCAGCCUGCUCUCGGCCUCCUUCUGCGAGGACCUGGAGCGCAAGAAGAAGGCCGUGUCCUUCUUCGACGACGUCACCAUCUACCUCUUCGACCAGGAAAGCCCCACGCGGGAGCUGGCCGAGCAGAGCUUCCCCGGCGUCCCGGGGCCGCCCGCGGCCGGCGGCGGCGGCCCGGCGGAGCGGCCGAGCGUGGCCGAGGACGCCUCGGACGGCGCCGUGCCCGAGGAGGGCGGCGGCGGCGGCUUCGAGUGGGACGACGACUUCCCGCUCGCGCCGGUGAAGGCGUCCCUGAUGUCCUCGCUGGCGGGGACGCCGGCGGAGCCGCCCCCGGCCCUGCCCGCCCUGCUGCCGGCCCAGAAGCAGGUGCUGCCGCUCCAGUUCUCCCGCUUCACCGUCUCGCCGGCCCCCGUCUCCCGCUUCUCCAUCACCCACGUCUCCGACUCGGACAUGGGCUCCGUCGCAGGUGAGUCUUCUCCGCGGAGCGCCGUGUCCUGCGCCCCAUCCCUGCGUGCCGGAGGCAGCAGCGAGGACGGCGACAGGGAGUGA